CAGCCAUGACAACCGCUACACCACGGUCGCAGGACUGAAAGAAGACUACAUGAACCAUAUCUCUCUGUGUCUAAGAAUAACCUACUACUUCUGAGAUACAGCCUCAAGGGGGCAAUUAAUUCUCUAAUUCUAACCAAUAAAUUUCGAAAUAUAAGCCUCCAUAGACUAAUCAAAUUUACCGGGGAUUAAUACACUAGUUUGCACAACUUUUGCUUGAGAAAUCAUCCGAUAUCUCAAUCAUUUCCUUAACGUCAUUAAACUUGCACAUAAAUAUAAACUGGUUUGCUCAAGUUCUAAACAACGUUAUUUAUUGUAUAUUGGACAAAGAGUAUGAAGAAAAAGGGAGAAAGUCUAACUCACGCGCUACAGGAGAUGUAACCCGGUCUUGGAUUUCCUCUGACUCCCAUAUCUCUUCGUUAUCCUGAUUGUAAAUAGCACAUCUAUUUCACAUAGUAAGUUUCAAUUUUUCCUUCCUCGCUUUUCAACAUGCCAGUUCUAGUAUCGAUGUCUUAAAUAUUAUACACAACGAAAGAAUCAUUUGAUUGUGAAAUAAUUCAUAGGAUAAAACCAGUGCAACUAUUAUUGGUCGACAAUUUAGCAGAUGAAUAACCUUUAUUCAUGAACUGUUAGAGUUUUGAUCACGAAUUGACAUCAGCUCUAACACAAAGAUAGAUUUAAUGAUGAAAUCUGGUCAAGUUGAGAUGGAAACAGUCUUCCGCUACGGAGAAAAGCCGAUCGAGUUUCAACUGGAGUCUGACGGUGAAUACUUUUACUUAGCAUCAGAAGUGGGUCGAUAUCUGCGAUUAUUUCGUAAAGAAUUAUUUAAAAAAUAUCCAAAUUUAUGGAAACGGUUAGUUACUCCUGAAGAAAAAGAGAAACUAAUUCAAAUGGGGUUGGCAACUCCUAUAACUGCUACUAAUGCUAUGCUUUUACGCACAUAUGAGGUCAAUGAAAUUAUUUGUGAUCAAGAUCGGUUAGCAGAUUUAAAAAGUGGGGAGCUUAUUGCAAAAGACUGUUCAUCAAUCUCUAAUAAUUUAAAUAUGAGUUCUAGUAGUUUACGAAAUUUCAACUCGAAUGCGACUCCUAAAUCGAAUGUUGGUUUCGCAUCUGUCGGUCGAACAAGUCUUGGUUCAAGUGCUAAUUCAGCGACGUCAGCAACCUUACCAGGUGUUAUGAACACUUCCGGUGCCAUUGAUCAUACAACUGCAAGUGGGAAUUUUAAGUCAAGAAGAGAUAGCAGGUGGCUUGGUGUUGGUUCAACUCCAAACACAUCAUUUCAUUUAGACUCAGUUCCUUGUCCAACCCCUAUCAGUCGAUUGAGAACUGCCAGACAGACGAGUAAAUCAUUUACAUUUCCUUUUUGUUUGGAUGAUUCUGAUCCGAUUGCAUUUCAUGAGAAUGCACGUCAACCGGAAUGUUUAGUACCGAUUCGUUUAGAUAUAGAAUGUGAUGGUGUUAAACUACGUGAUUGUUUUACAUGGAAUCGUAAUGAACAAUUAAUCACAUUGGAACAAAUGGCUGAAGUACUUUGUGAUGAUUUAGAUUUGAAUCCAAUAAAUUUUGUUCCAGCUAUUGUGAAUGCUAUGAGACAACAGAUUGAUGCUCAUCCCAUGAAUGAUUUUCUAGUUGGACAAACUGAUACACGAGUUAUUAUUCGUUUAAAUAUACAUGUAGGCAAUAUUUCUUUAGUGGAUCAAUUUGAAUGGGAUCUUUCUGAACCAAAUAAUUCACCAGAACAAUUUGCUUCAAGACUUUGUGCUGAAUUAGGUUUAGGUGGAGAAUUUGUUACAGCUGUUGCUUAUAGUAUUCGUGGACAACUUGCAUGGCAUCAGAAAAUUUAUGCUUUCAGUGAAUCUCCUUUACCGACAGUCGAUGUAGUUUUCCGCAAUUCAAAUGAAGCUGAUCAAUGGAGUCCAGUUGUUGAAGUUCUUACUGAUGCAGAAAUGGAGAAAAAGAUACGCGAUCAAGAUCGUAAUACCAGACGAAUGCGUCGUUUGGCCAAUGCACAACCCAAUUGGUAGACAUUUUGUCUCCUGCAAUGUUUUCAGUGUUGGUGUACACAUUUCUUAAAACGUUUUGUAAACACUAAUAAUAACCUAUUUAUGUUAAA